GCUGUGUUUUAAAAUGCGAUAAGAAUCAUACCAGGACAUAGAGCGAUCCACGUCGUAUGGUAAAUAUAGAAGGCACACAUCCUAAAGAAGAAAGCGAAUGUGCAUACAGUUGCCCUUAUCUUUCACCAACCGUACAAAGACACAAAGACUAGAGCCCGAAGGCAAUAGGUCACGAGGCAAACGACAGCGAGCCAAAAGCAGCAGCUCGAAGGAACAAGGCAAAGGACAAGGGAAAAAAAGGGGAACACGGCAAAGGACAAGAAAAACAAGGAGAACAAGGCAACAGACAGCCAGCAGACCAAGUGGCAUCAAGGGAAGGUAAAGCAUCGGGGCAAAGGGUGAUAAGGCGAGGAGACUUUGAACAAGCAGCGGUUGCAGGGCACAGGCUAGUGGGCAAAGGAGAGGCGGGUGGGCAAGCAUAAGUAGCGACAGGAAGUAAGCACAAAGUACGAGAACCAUUCUGAAAGAAAUCAUCAACAACGAAAACCACAAGAAUGAAAAAAAAAAAAAAAAAAAAAAAACAAUAAAAACUGCACAGGUAACAAGAUUGUUUCGUUGGAGUUGCAUGGACUCAUUGGAAGGCUGAACCCUCGACAAUCUGUGGAAUCCCAGUAUUGAUUGUUUGGGCCAUGAACCCUUUUGACCCUUGUUGGAAGCAGACUGUCCACAAAUGGAACACAGCAGCGGGCAGCAACUCAGCAAAGCACCAGGCGACGCAGCUGAGGCAACACAACUGCACAAUGCCAAAAACAACUGCACGGAUGACAGGGCAAGCGCAUAUGCAGCACGACAACGGUGCAGUGAAGCGUAUCGCAGCGCGGACAAGGCAGCCAAACUUCACUGCGCACAAGCAAAGGAAGCAGCAGGCACGGCAUGCGAAUGGGCAGCAAGGCAGCAGAGUAGCAAAGCAUAAGGCAGCACCAACAACACAGCCACACCAGAUCGUGAACACGGCAGCUUGCAAAGAACGACAGCAAAGCAAGCGGGACAGGCAACAAGGCAGCGGCGGAGCGCAGACGAGGCAGUCUACGCAUCAAACACGGAGCAAAGCAGCACAUCAUCUACUCACAUCACGACUGAGCCCCGCAGGCUGUUGGUUCCCGCCACCCGCUGAGCCAGGGAGUCACUCAGACGAUCAUCUGUCAUCACCUGCAGGAAACACAGACAUCAUGAACUGAGCGCCCCCCCUAAGAGUGCUGCAGGCACUCCAAGCGAGGAAUGACCGACUAAUUGGCACUGCUUAAAGGUGCUCAGCAGGACACACAAAAAGUACUUGUGAAACAUAUAAGGAAGACAGACAGAAAAACAGGAAGAAUAUGACACACAACAAUAGAGAGACAUGCAUAAAACACGUGUGUGUGUGUGUGUGUGUGUGUGUGUGUGUGUGUGUGUGUGUGUGUGUGUGUGUGUGUGUGUGUGCGUGUGUAAGGGUGAAUGCUGCUCUUCAGUACAAGACUACAUACUCUGGGUUACCAGCCACCAGAGAAGGCGCUGGAUGGUUGAUUUGUGCGUUGGUCUGGAGCUUCUGGAAGAAACAUUGGCUUCAUCAUCUGUAGAGGGUUAGGUUGGUGACAGCACCAUGGUGAGCAGUGAAGCAAGAAGCCUGGAGGUUGAAGGAGGGUGGAAGAGCUGUGACAUUGUACACACUG